AUGUUCAGAUCUGCUUAUAAAUGUCUUCUUUUCCAGAGUUUUAUACCCUUUCAUUCUCACUUUUUCUCACUUUCCAUCUAUUUCUCUUUCUCCUUCUCUAGCAUCCUUCUUCAUUUCUCUAAUCACCACGUCACUUUCCUUCUAUUUCUCUCUUCUCCUUCUCACCCUAUUUUCCUCUAUUUCUCUCUUCCUCCUUCUCACCUAGCGUCACUUUUCCUUCUAUUUCUCUCUUCCUCCUUCUCACCUAAGCGUCACUUUCCUUCUAUUUCUCUCAUCACUCCUUCUUACCUAGCGUCACUUUCCUUCUCGUCACUUUCCUUCUAUUUCUCUUUUCCUUCUAUUUCUCUCUUCCUCCCCUCUCACCCUAAGCGUCACUUUCCUUCUAUUUUUCCUUCUCACCUAAUUCUUUCCUUCUAUUUUCUCUUCUCCUUCUCACCUAAUGUCUUUCCUUCUAUUUUCUCUCCCCUUCUCCCUAAUGUCCUUUCCUUCUUUCUCUCUCCUUCUCACCGUCACUUUCCUUCUCGUCCUUUCCUUCCUAUCACUUUUUUCUCUCAUCACUCCUUCUCACCUGGCGUCACUUUCCUUCUAUUUCUCUCUUCACUUUCUCUAAGCGUCCUUUUCCUUCUAUUUCUCUCUUCUCCUUCUCACCUAAGCGUCACUUUCCUUCUAUUUCUCUCAUCCUCCUUCUCACCUAAGCCGUCCUUUUUCCUUCUAUUUCUCUCAUUUCUCUCUUCCUCCUUCUCACCUCCUUCUCCUAAUAUCACUUUCCUUCUAUUUCUCUCAUCCUCCUUCUCACCUAAUGUCUUUCCUUCUAUUUCUCUCUUCCUUUCUUCUAAAUGUCACUUUCCUUCUAUUUCUCUCUCACUCCCUUUCUUUCUUCUUUUCUCUUCCUCCUUCUCACCUAAUAUCACUUUCCUUCUAUUUCUCUCUUCAUUUCUCCUUCUUCUCACCUACUUUCUUUCUAUUUCUCUCGUCACUUUCCUUCUAUUUCUCUCUUCCCCUUCUCACCUAAUGUUCUCUCAUCCUUCUCACCCUUUCCUUCUAUUUCUCUCAUCCUCCUUCUCACCCCUAUCACCUUUCCUUUCCUUCUAUUUUUCUCAUCCUCCUUCUCACCUAUUUCUCCGUCACUUUCCUUCUAUUUCUCUCUUUCCUUCCUUUCCUUCUCACCUAAGCGUAUUCUUUUCCUUCUAUUUCUCUCUUCCUCCUUAUCACUUUCCUAAUAUCCUUUCUAUUUUCUCUCAUCCUUUCCUUCUCUCACCUAAGCCGUCACUUUCCUUCUAUUUCUCUCUUUCACCUCCUUCUCACCUAAUAGCGUCACUUUCCUUCUAUUUUCUCAUCACUCCUUCUCACCUAAGCGUCACUUUCCUUCUAUUUCUCUCACUCCCUUCUCACCCCCUUUCCUUCAUUUCUCUAAUAGCGUCCUUUCCUUCUAUUUCUCUUCACUCCUUCUCACCUCCGUCACUUUCCUUCAUUUCCUCUUUCCUUCUACUUUUUCUCUCUUCUUCUCCUUCUCACCUAGCGUCACUUUCCCUUCAUUUCUUCCUCCUAUUUCUCUCUUCUUCCUCCUUCUCACCUAAGCGUCACUUUCCUUCUAUUUCUCUCCUCCUUCUUCCUUCUAUUUCUUUCCUCCCUUCUCACCUAUCCUUUUCUCUCUCUCACUCCUUCUCACCUAGCGUCCUUUCCUUCUAUUUCUCUUUCUCCUUCUCACACCUAAGCGUCACUUUCCUUCUAUUUCUCUCUUCCUCCUUCUCAUUUCCUCUUCCUCCCUACCUAAGCGUCCUUUCCUUCUAUUUCCUCUUUCCUUUCUAUUUCCUCUCUCUUCCUCCUUCUCACCUAAGCGUCACUUUCCUUCUAUUUUCUCUCUUCUCCUUUCUCUUUCUUCACUCCUUCUCACCUAGCGUCACUUUCCUUCUAUUUCUCUCUUCCUCCCUUCUCCUUCUAACUCUUCCUCCUUCUCACCUAGCGUCACUUUCCUUCUAUUUCUCUCUUCACUCCUUCUCACCUAGCCGUCACUUUCCUUCUAUUUUUCUCUCUUCACUUUCCCUUCUCCACCUAGCGUCACUUUCCUUUUUUCUCUCUUCUCACCUAGCCCUCACUUUCCUUCUAUUUCUCUCUUCCCCCUUCUCACCUAAUAUCACUUUCCUUCUAUUUCUCUUCAUCUUCUCCUUCUCACCUAAUCCUCCUUCGUCCUUUCCUUCUAUUUCUCUCAUCACUCCUUCUCACCUCCUUCUCUUUUUCCUUCUAUUUCCUCUUUUCUCUCAUCACUCCUUCUCAUUUCUCCUCCUUCUCAUCAGCCGUCACUUUCUCUCUUCCUCCUUCUCACCCUCACUUUUCCUUCUAUUUCUCUUUCUCCUUUCUAUCACUUUCCUUCUCUCUUCCUCCUUCUCACCUAGCCCUCACUUUCCUUUUAUUUCUCUCUUCACUCUUCACCUAGCCUUCUCUCUCCUCCCUCACCUAGCCGUCACUUUCCUUCUAUUUCUCUCAUCACUCCUUCUCACCCUAAUUUCCUUCUUUCCUUCUAUUUCUUCUGAUCUCUCCUCUUCUCACCUAUUGCUCUCGUCCUUUCCUUCUAUUUCUCUCAUCCUCCUUCUCCACCUAGCGUCACUUUCCUUCUAUUUCUCUCUUCCUCCUUCUCACCUAAGCGUCCUUUCCUUCUAUUUUCUCUCACUUUCCUUCUAUUUCUCUUCCUCCUUCUCACCUAGCGUCACUUUCCUUCUAUUUCUCUUUCCUUCUCAUCACUUUCCUUCUAUUUCUCUUCCUAAAUCACUUUCCUUCUCGUCACUUUCCUUCUAUUUCUCUCAUCCUCCUUCUCACCUAAGCGUCACUUUCCUUCUAUUCUCUCAUCACUCCUUCUCACCUAGCGUCCUUUCCUUCUAUUUCUCUCUUCCUCCUUCUCACCUAGCCUCACUUUCCUUCUAUUUCUCUCUUCCUCCUUCUCACCUAGCCUCACUUUCCUUCUAUUUUUCUCUUCUCACUUUCCCUCUCUCACCUUCUCACCUAGCGUCACUUUCCUUCUAUUUCUCUCAUCCUCCUUCUCACCUAGCGUCACUUUCCUUCUAUUUCUUUCUCUCAUCACUUUCCUUCCUCUUCUCCUUCUCACCUAGCGUCACUUUCCUUCUAUUUUCCUUCCUCCUUUCACCUCGUCACUUUCCUUCCUCUCUCCUCCUUCUCAAGCGUCCUUCUUUCCUUCUAUUUCUCUCUUCCUCCUCCUCACCUCACCUAGCGUCCUUUCUUCUUCUAUUUCUCUCCUUUCUUCUAUUUCCUUUCUUCUCACCUAGCGUCCCUUUCCUUCUCACUUUCCUCUCUCUAAGCGUCACUCCUUCACCCUUCUCAAAGCGUCACUUUCCUUCUAUUUCUCUCAUCACUCCUUCUCACCUAGCGUCACUUUCCUUCUAUUUCUCUCUUCACUCCUUCUCACCUAGCCGUCCUUUCCUUCUAUUUCUCUCUUCCUCCUUCUCACCUAGCGUCACUUUCCUUCUAUUUCUCUCUCCUUCUCCUCCUCACCUUCAAGCGUCACUUUCCUUCUAUUUCUCUCUUCCUCCUCCCUCACCUAGCCGUCCUCCUUUCCUUAAUUUCUCUCUAUUUCUCUCCUCCUUCUCACCUAGCCUCACUUUCCUUCUAUUUCUCUUCACCCCUCUCAUCACUCCUUUCCUUCUAUUUCCUCUUCCUCCCUCAAGCGUCACUUUCCUUCUAUCAUCCUUUCUCUCUUCCUCCUCCUCACCUAAGCGUCCUUUCCACUCUUAUUUCUCUCAUCCUCCUUCUCCUCUUCACUCCUUCUCACCGUCACUUUCCUUCUAUUUCUCUCAUCCUCCAUCCUCACCUAAGCGUCCUUUCCUUCUAUUUCUCUCAUCACUCCCCUUCUCAUCCUCCUUCUCCCUAAGCGUCACUUUCCUUCUAUUUCUCUCAUCCUCCUUCUCUCUUCGUCCUUUCCCUAUUUCUCUCUUCAUCACUUUCCUAUUUCUCUAUUUCUCUCAUCACUUAUUCUAUCUCACUCCUUCUAGCCGUCACUUUCCUUCUAUUUCUCUCAUCACUCCUUCUCACUCUAGCGUCACUUUCCUUCCUAUUUCUCUCUUCCUCCUUCUCACCUCCUCCUUUCUUCUUUCUCUCUUCCUCCUUCUCCACCUCCUUUCCUUCUAUUUCUCUCUUCCUCCUUCUCACCUAGCCCUCCUUUCCUUUUAUUUUCUCUUCUCCUUCUCCCACCUAAGCGUCUUUCCAUCCUCCUUCUCACCUAGCGUCACUUUCCUUCUAUUUCUCUCUUCACUCCUCCAUCUCACCUAUUUCUCUCGUCCUCCUUUUCCCUUCUAUUUCUCUCUUCACUCCUUCUCACCUAGCCGUCACUUUCCUUCUAUUUCUCUCAUCUUCUCCAUCUCUUCCCCCUCUCGUCCCUUUCCUUCUAUUUCUCUCAUCUCUCCUCCUCACCUAAGCCUAUUUCUCUCUUCACUCCUUCUUUCCUUCUAUUUCUCUCAUUCCUCCUUCUCACCCCUAAUAUCACUUUCCUUCUAUUUCUCUCAUCACUCUUUCUCACCUCACUCCUUCUCACCUUCCUUCUAUUUCUCUCUUAUUUCCUUCUCACCUAAGCGUCACUUUCCUUCUAUUUCUCUCUUCCUUCUCACCCUCCUCCUUCUACUUCUCUCGUCCCUUUCCUUUUCUCUCUUCACUUUCCUUCUAGCCUCACUCUCUCUAUUUCUCUCUUCUCCCUCUCCUUUCCUUCUAUUUCUCUCUUACUCCUUCUCACCUAGCCGUCCUUUCCUUCUCCUUUCUCUCUUCACUUUCCUUCUUUUCUCCUCCUUCUCCACUUUCCUUCUAUUUUCUCUUCUCCUUCUCCACAUAGCCUCACUUUCCUUCUAUUUCUCUCUUUCCUUUCCUUCUUUUCUCUUCAUCUCCUUCUCACCUAAGCAUCACUUUCCUUUCUAUUUCUCUCUUCACUCCUUCUCACCUAGCAUCACUUUCCUUCUAUUUCUCUCUUCACUCCUUCUCACCUAA